AUGGCGGCGGCGCGGCGGCGCCGGCCGCUGCUCUCGCUGCUGCUGCCGCUGCUGCCCCUGCUGCCCCUGGCCCGGGCCAGGGCUCCGGGCGGCACCGACCCGCCGGACGGCGGCUGGCUGGCGGGCACGGUGCCGGAGGAGGAGCGGUGCACCGUGGAGCGGGUUGAUGCUUCCCUCACUUACUCCCUCUUCCUGCAGCGGUUCGCCUUCUCCCGGCCGGUCAUCCUCCGCGGGGUCACGGACAACUCGGCCUUCCGUUCCCUCUGCACCCGGGAGAAGCUGCUGGCGGCUUUUGGGGCCCGCCCGGUGCGGCUCAGCACUGCCAACACCUACUCGUACCGCAAAGUGGAUGUGCCCUUCCAGGAGUAUGUGGAGCAGCUGCUGAAGCCGCAGGACCCAGCCCAGCUGGGCAGCGACACCCUCUACUUCUUCGGGGACAACAACUUCACCGAGUGGGGUCACCUCUUCCAGCAGUACGUGGCGCCCCCAUUCCGCAUCCCUGGCACCAGCCCUGCCUACAGCUUUGGCGUUGCAGGCUCAGGCUCAGGUGUCCCCUUCCACUGGCAUGGGCCUGGUUACUCCGAGGUGAUCUUUGGCAGGAAGCGCUGGUUCCUGUACCCCCCGGAUCGGACUCCCCACUUCCACCCCAACGAGACCACCCUGGCCUGGCUCCACCACACCUACCCCACGCUGCCCCUGGCACAGCGGCCGCUGGAGUGCACCCUGCGCCCCGGGGAGGUGCUGUACUUCCCGGACCGCUGGUGGCACGCCACGCUCAACCUGGACACCAGUGUCUUCAUCUCCACCUUCCUGGGCUAGAGCUGGCAAGGCCAAGGAUGUGCCACCCCCAUCACAAGCGUGGUGAGACCCUGCCAGGGCGGCAGCUCUGGCCCUGCUGCGGCC